AUGGAAUUUGGACUAGAUAAAUGCAAGAUAAUUGAUCUUAAAAAAGGGACCUUAAAUAGCUCUAAUAAUUUUAAUAUGGACAACGAUAAAGUCAUAGAAAGCCUUAACCCAGGAGACAAUUAUAAAUACUUAGGAAUCAUGCAACUCAGAGGAAUCAACCACAGUGAAAUUAAAGUAAAGCUAAUAGAUGACUUUAAAAAACGAAUACAAGCAAUAUGCAAAACAAACCUCACCAGUGCAAACAAAAUAAAGGCUAUAAAUACAUAUGCCAUACCGACACUAACAUAUUCAUUUGGUAUUAUAAAAUGGUCUGCUACUGACCUGGAAUCCAUAUGUCGAACGACUCGUGUAAUAUUAACAAAAUAUCGAAUGCACCAUCCCAAUUCAGCUAUAGAAAGAAUAUCAUUACCGAUAGAUGUGGGAGGUGUAGGCAUACUAGAUAUCCACCGUCUUCACCAAUCGCAAAUAAAGUCUCUCAGG